AUGAGAGCCAUUGUAGAAACCCUAACCCAAAAAAGGUUCGCUGUCAAUUACGAUAAGUCAGUAUUAGAACCACAAAAAGAGCUUGAUUUCCUCGGACACAAGAUCGCGUAUAAAUCGAUAGAGGUUUAUUCCGCGAUACGCCGAAAUUGCACAACCACUGUACACAACACUACAUCAACCAGGUGGGGUUUCGGAGAAAAAGAACUGAAGGCAUGGAGUCACUUGAAGGAAGUGCUGACACAAGUUCCGAAUUUACACCCGAUUGACAGCAACAGUCCGAUUGCUCUAGAUACCGACGCAUCGCAGCGAGGUAUCGGAGCCUGUCUAUAUCUCCAAAAGGACGACGACCUCUUUCCUGUGGCGUACGCCUCCCACGCAUUCACUAAACAUGAAGCCAAGCGGCCAAUACGGGAACUCGAAGCCUUUGCAAUAGUCUGGGCCCUUCGACAUUUCCGACAACUUCUCCUAGGCUGCAACAUUACGAUUCGAACGGAUCAUGAAUCCCUCCGUUGGAUGCGAAAUUGUGACAAGGGCCGUAUAGCACGCUGGAACUCCUCAUUAGAUGAAUUUGAUUUACAGAUUAUUUACAGCAAGGGGAAGGAGAAUCGAGUAGCAGUGGUUAACUGGAGUGAUGCGCUGGGACGUGGUGCUGUCGGACCCUAUCUGACAGUCAGGAGCACCCACCGUCCCACUGCUCUCCACUGGCGCGCAAACGUGUCCUAA